AUGUCAGAAUGCCGCACCUCCUUGAAAUUUCCGCGCUCCAACAUAGAGCACGGUCGACUCAAACGCGUUGACACCACGGAUGGCCUACGCACAAAGUAUCGGGCUUUGUGGGCGAUGAAGAAAACUAUUGUUAUUGGGAUUUUUACUCCGAGAUUGCUAGAGGCCUGGGGCAUUGGUGGCAGAGUACUUGAUCACCCUGGCUUGAACUUACUGUAUAACGGUUUAUUGAACGCCACAAUCACUGGCGUGUUCGAAGUGACGUUCCAUGCAUCCCUCAGGAGUCAGAUGGAUCACGGUAGCUGCUCUUCGAUGACCAUUCGUCGCCGUAUCUCUCGACUGAAGCAUGGCUUCUCAUGCCUCAAGACCAGAGUCUUAUCUUUCUGGCGUCCCUGUGUAGGCGGGUGGAGCGAUGAAGAAUGUGGCGAAGCAGAACCUGACGGAAGUACGGGCACACACGAUCCAGUUCUUCCCCCCGUUGCAACUUCGCCCAUCAACCUUCUUCCAGUCGAGAUCCUUGGCGAAGUCUUCCUUGCAUGUCUUUUGAGCGGUGGAGAAUCCCAACAUCACCUGUUUAUCAAACCCGAACCACGGAGCGCCCCGAUGCUCCUAUGUCAAGUCUGCAGUCGUUGGAGGCAGACCGCAUUAUCCAUGCCCAGCCUCUGGUCCUCCAUUUCAACAGCGCGAAUCACUCAGUUGCACCAGAUUUCCUUGCUCCUAUUGUGGCUGGAGCGUUCGCAUACUUCCCCUCUAUCUUUCCAUUUACUCGGAUCUCGGGAAACACCCCGUCCUGAGUUUGUUUCCACCAUACUUUCUACAUUUCUCAGCCACACUCAUCGCUGGGAGCACGUCAGCAUCGUCUUUAACGAAAAACUUGCCGCUCAGUUUCUCGAACUGUCAAGUAACACCUUCCCUCAACUCAUUUCCAUCAAAGCCGACGUAAUCGGUUGUGGGCAGGCGGUAACUGAAGCAUUUCCCUACAAGAUGUCUACAAUCAGUGGCCUUCGUCGGGUUUCCUUCAUGACAUCUCGAACGCCAAGUUCCCUCAUGGUCGUUCGAUGGCAUAGGUUGACUCAUGUUUAUGUGAGCGGACUACCCAGCUUGGCGUCAUCCAUCUUCCUUCUGGGACAUUGUCGAGAGGCCGUAGAAGUCCAACUUGAGAGUAUUAUGCCCACUGAUGCUGAACCUCCCUCGACCUUUGUCCUCGAUCCGUUGACAACCCUACCCAACCUCCGCACGUUGGUGGUGACGGUGCAUGAGGAUGUGGGUGACCUUCUGCAACAUUUUGAUACCCCGGCUCUCCACUACCUUAAUAUUCUGCAAUCAUCCAUUGAUGGCUCCAUCUCACGCGAGUGUGGGGCAUUCUCAGACUUUGUAGAACGCUCUCCUCAAUUGAAGAAAGUUGUGAUUACGGAUUUCGGCGGAAGUGAAAAUGACAUUAUCGCGUACCUGGACCCGGUAUACCACCAGUGCACUCACGAAGUUUUUUUAUCGUCUCCAUCUGUGACGCCGCGGAUCGCGGACAUGUUCAAUGAAAGGGUUGGCAUUGGACCAGAGGCCACCACACAACCUCACGUUGAGGUCGACGAUUCUAUUGUUGGCUGGCUUCCAGACUCACGUAGCGGCGGCCUAUUUGACCGAUGGAUGUCCCACCAAACUCAGUCGCGAAAUGGCUCGUUUUGUGCCCUCUUCGACGACCUCCUUUGA